AAAACAUAGGAUGAAGUUGAACUCAACUCAUUGGCCAUAUCAAUCUGACUAAAAAAUCAUCCCAGGCCUCACCUUGUUCAUAUUCAUCCCAUCGGAUCUCGUCCACGAUAAACGGAACUCCAACAUCAGAAACCUACUGCUCGCGCGAACCCACAUGGAACCCUCGGCACCCGCGUAAGGCACUCUCCCGUAAGGUAGGUAAUUAUUACCCCGCCCUUUCUUCGGCUCCUUGGUGUGCAGUGCCGGCCCCAAUCUGGUCCCGACCUUACCCCGCCCCGACACCGGAAUUCCGAUACAAAGCUCCGGAGUUCCUUACAACACAAAGCUCAUCGGGACCGAACAAGGCCGCUCUCACUGGCACACUCACACCGCACUCAUCACCCCUUACUUUGGCCGAUCGAAAAACAUCCAACAGGCACAGGAGGGAAAAGAAAGGAAAAGGAAAAGAGAACCCUCUCAGAAACUAUGUCUCCAAUCCCAACCGCCCUCAUCACAGCAGGCAGCGCAGGCCUCGGCGCCGCAACAGCCAAACUGUUCGCCCGGAACGGCUACAGCGUCGUCAUAAACUACGCGAACAACAGCGACCGCGCAGAAGCUCUGGUGAAGGAGCUCGAGUCCCUCUCAUCCGCCUCCACCUCCUCUUCUUCCACAGAAGGAAGCCAAAGGCAGCACUUCCACGCCAUCAAAGCAGACCUCUCCUCCCGCACCGAAACCUCCGCCCUCGUCAAAAGCGCAGCCGACGCCCUCGGCGGCCGCCUCGACGUCCUCUUCUCCAACGGCGGCUGGACAAGGCUCCGCAACAUCGCGGACCUCGACGACAACGUCGACGAGGACGACUGGGACCGCUGCUUCAACAUGAAUGUGAAAUCGCACCUGUUCCUCAUGCACGCCGCGCGGCCGUACCUCGACGAGGCCGAGGGCGCGUUCAUCACGACGGCGUCGCUGGCCGGUGUUAAAGUCAGCGGGAGUUCACUGGCCUACGCCGUGACGAAAGCAGCCCAGAUCCACCUCGUAAAAGGCCUCGCAUUAGCAGCGGGCCCGAGAAUAAGAGUAAACAGCGUCUCUCCGGGCCUCAUGUUGACGCGCGUAAUACAGGAAUGGGGCCUCCAGUUCCCGCAAGAGAAACAACAGGCCGCCCGGGACAGGACGCCGCUCAAGCGCCUCGCCACGGUCGACGACGUGGCCGACCAGGUGCUGUGCUUCGCCAGGAGCAGGAGCGUCACCGGCGCUAACGCCGUCAUUGACGGGGGGCUCAGUAUUUGAGAGAGCUAGCAAGAAGGGGUUCACGGCGUACGGUCCACGGAUAUCUGGACGGAGUAUGGAUGCCUCUUUAAGAGAAGACGAGGUCACGAGGGAGAGAAGAAGAGGUCACAGAGAGAGAGACAGAGAGAGAGAGAGAGAGCCUAGCACAUACGGA